AUGAAGACAGCAGGCGUGUUGCUGCUGUUUGCUCUAGCCCUUUGCUGCAUCCCAGAUAUUGGUGCACUGCAGGGCUACUGUAGGAACUACGUGGUACCUAGCGAUGUCUGCACUAUGGAAUAUGUCCCGCACUGUGGGUCUGAUGGUGUAACAUAUGGCAAUAAAUGCUUAUUCUGCAAUGCAUUCCUGAGAAGCCGUCGGACUCUUCGCUUGAGAUCUCUUCGAAAGUGUUAA